GGAAAAGGCAUUAUGGGAAGUGUGUCCGCUUGCCUCGCUGUGUAAACAUGGCGGACGCCUUUGGGGACGAUUUGUUCAGCGUGUUUGAUGAUGAGCAAACGGCUUCUUCUAAAGCUAAACCAGCACCACCGGCUGGGAAAACUGCUGGUAAACAUGGAAAGGGAAAGACAGAAUCGCCCCUUAUUACCAAGAGUAAACGAGAAGCUGACAACGAUGGCACAGAUGAAGUUGUGUUUGGGAAGAAACCCAAGCUCGAAACCGUAUCGCCUGAAGAAAUCAACCUCGCAGAUCUCAUGCCUCAGGUGAAAACGGAGCAAGUGGAAACGGUGGAAGGCUGCACGCAUGAGGUUGCUCUGCCAUCCAAUGAAGACUACAAACAGUUGAAACCUCGAGUUGGGAAAGCAGCGAAAGAAUACCCAUUCCUACUGGACCCCUUCCAGAGAGAAGCCCUUUUGUGCAUCGACAACAACCAGUCUGUUCUGGUGUCAGCCCACACAUCUGCUGGCAAGACUGUCUGUGCAGAAUAUGCCAUUGCUCUGGCCCUGAGGGAGAAGCAGAGGGUGAUCUUCACCAGCCCCAUCAAAGCCCUGAGUAACCAGAAGUACAGAGAGAUGUACGAGGAGUUCCAGGAUGUGGGACUGAUGACGGGAGACGUCACCAUCAACCCCACGGCCUCCUGCCUCGUCAUGACCACUGAGAUCUUGCGGAGUAUGCUGUACAGAGGCUCAGAGGUGAUGCGAGAGGUGGCCUGGGUCGUCUUUGAUGAGAUCCAUUACAUGAGGGAUUUGGAGCGUGGAGUGGUCUGGGAGGAGACGAUCAUCCUGCUGCCAGACAACGUCCACUACGUCUUCCUCUCCGCCACCAUCCCCAACGCCCGACAGUUUGCCGAGUGGAUCUGUCACCUCCAUAAACAGCCCUGCCAUGUGGUGUACACAGACUACCGCCCCACUCCCCUGCAACACUACAUCUUCCCAGCAGGGGGCGACGGACUUCACCUCGUGGUGGAUGAGAAUGGUGAGUUCAGAGAGGACAACUUCAACACGGCCAUGCAGGUCCUCCGGGACGCCGGGGAUUCUGGGGGCAGUGCCGGCGGGGGCAAGUGGGACGCCAAGGGCAGGAGGGGGGGAACGAAAGGUCCGUCCAACGUGUUUAAGAUCGUGAAGAUGAUCAUGGAGAGGAACUUCCAGCCCGUCAUCAUCUUCAGCUUCAGCAAAAAGGAGUGCGAGGCCUACGCCCUACAGGUGUCCAAGCUGGAGUUCAACACAGACGAGGAGAAGAAACUUGUGGAGGAGGUCUUCAACAAUGCCAUCGACUGUCUCUCGGACGAGGACAAAAAGCUUCCACAGGUGGAGCACGUCCUCCCCCUGCUGAAGAGAGGCAUCGGUAUCCAUCAUGGUGGCCUCCUACCCAUCCUGAAGGAAACCAUCGAGAUCCUCUUUUCUGAAGGGCUUAUCAAGGCUCUGUUCGCCACGGAAACGUUCGCCAUGGGGAUCAACAUGCCUGCUCGCACCGUGCUCUUCACCAGCGCCCGCAAGUUUGAUGGCAAAGACUUCCGCUGGAUCACCUCGGGUGAGUACAUCCAGAUGUCCGGGCGAGCGGGCCGGAGAGGCAUGGACGAGAGGGGCAUCGUCAUCUUCAUGGUGGACGAGAAGAUGAGCCCUGCUGUGGGCAAGCAGCUCCUCAAGGGCUCGGCCGACCCUCUGAACAGCGCUUUCCACCUGACCUACAACAUGGUGCUGAACCUCCUGCGGGUGGAGGAGAUCAACCCGGAGUACAUGCUGGAGAAGUCCUUCUACCAGUUCCAGCACUACAGGGCGGUGCCCGGCGUGGUCGAGAAGAUGAAGAAGCUGGAGGAACAGUACAACGCCAUUGAAAUCCCAAACGAGGAGAGCGUGGUCACCUACUACAAGAUCCGCCAGCAGCUGGCCAAGCUGGCCAAGGAGAUCGAGGAGUUCGUCCGCAAGCCCAAGUACUGCCUGCCCUUCCUCCAGCCGGGGAGGCUAGUCAAGGUGAAGAACGAGGAAGCUGAUUACGGCUGGGGAGUGGUCGUGAACUUCUCCAAGAAGUCAAACGUCAAGGUAUUUUGUCCGUCAAAUAUUUGCCAACAUGACACAUGAACUCUGUGGUUCCAG